CAACACAGUAGAGGAGAAUAUGGCGGAGUUGGAAGAAAUUCUUGAAAAACUGCUCGUUCCUGACAACGCAGUGAUACGGCAGGCAACUUCUCAACUCCGCGAAGCAUUCGAGAACCCCGCUUUCGUACCAGCCCUUAUCACAGUUUUGGGCGCUUCUCAAAACCCUCAGGUGAGACAAUAUGCAGCAGUUUUGUUGAGAAGACGAGUUGUGAAACAAUGGACAAAACUUUCUCCUGAGGUUCAUUCCAUGUUAAGGGAGUCUCUCUUACAGGUGUUACUUCAAGAAUCCGACUCAACUGUGAGAAAUUCAGCAGCACAAGUGGUGAGUGUAAUAGCUAAACAUGACCUGCCAGCCAAUCAGUGGCCAAAACUGCUGGUUUUCCUUCAGCAGCACAUCAAAUCAGAGCAACCUCAGCAAAGAGAGAUGGGCAUGUUUCUUCUAAGUUCCAUCACAGAAUCUGCCAAUGAACAGUUAAGACCACAUUUCACAUCCCUGUUUCAGCUUUUCUCCAGUACACUAGAAGAUCAACAGAGUAAACUAGUACCAUUUUAUACAAUAAGAGCCCUCACUUACCUUAUUGAAUGCAUUGGAUCUGAGGAAAUUCCUCUAGUUAGACCACUUAUACCCAAGGUUGUAGGAUAUAUCAACCAAAUCUUAGCCAUAGAUGAGGAUAAAGCUUGUGAUGCAAUGGAAAUAUUUGAUGAACUGGUAGAAUCAGAAGUCAGUAUUGUGACCCCACAUUUGAAGACAUUGGUUGAGUUCUGUCUUCAGAUUGCCAGCAAUCCUUCCUAUGGAAAUAAUUUAAGAAUAAAAGCUCUCCACUUUGUGAGCUGGCUUGCAAGAAUAAAACCUAAGGCACUUGUGAAGAACAAACUUCUCUUGCCUACAUUGUCUGUUGUGUUUCCUCUCAUGGCAUCACCACCAAGUGAAGGUGAUGAAGAAGAUUUUGAUGAUGAUGACGACGAUGAUGAGGUGGGAGAUGAAACUGAAGCAAGCAGGCCUUGUGCUGUGGCUUCACAGGUUCUUGAUGUUCUUGCUCUUCAUUUCCCACCUGAAUCAGUUAUUCCACCUCUGAUGCAAUUGGUCCAGCCAGCUCUUACAAGCGAAGAUCCGUACAAGAGAAAAGCAGCACUAAUAGCACUGGCUGUACUUGCAGAGGGGUGUGCAGACUACAUCAGGAACAGAUACCUUGAGGCAGCAUUACAAACAAUUUGUAGAGGUCUUUCAGAUCAGAAUACACUGGUUCAGAAUGCAGCUCUGUUUGCAUUGGGUCAAUAUUCAGAAUAUUUGCAGUUUCCUCACUCAGGAGUACGAAAGGGAGCCGUGAUGGCGCUAGGUCAGUUCUGCAGUGGAUUUCAUUCUUUACUUCAAGAAGCUGGUGCAGAGGAUAAAACAGAAUUGCAGCGUAUGCUUGGCACAGCCAUACCAACUUUUAUCACCGUUAUAACUAAGGACAAGGACAGGUCAGUUGCCAUGGCAACCCUACAGUCACUUAAUGAAGUACUAAAAGCAGUCAAGUCUUUGAUCAUUGAUGAACAGGGUCACCAUGACAUCAUCGCCGACGCUGCCAGAACUGUGCUAAUGCAAAAGACUGCUUGUCAACAAGACGAUGAUGAUGAUGUGGAAGAUUCAGACCAGCAGGCUGAGUUUGAUGCCAUGUUGAUUGAAUAUGCUGGAGACGUUUUGCCUUCUUUAGCGACAGCUGUGGGCGGUCAGAUCUUUGCACCUUACUUUGCUGGAUUCCUGCCUCUGCUGUUGAAGAAAACGAGAAAAUCUUGCCCGGUAUCCGAUAAAUCAUUUGCCAUUGGAACAAUCUCAGAGGUAAUGCUUGCCAUGGGCCACGCCAUAGUUCCCUUUGUACAGCAUCUCUUCCCUGUUUUUAUGACGUCACUCAAAGACGAGGAUGAUGAAGUGAGAAGUAACGCAAUCUAUGGCCUUGGUAUUAUGGCUUUCUAUGGAGGAGACCUGAUCACACCUCAUUAUCCAACCAUUUUAGAGGCUCUGUUUGUGAUCCUGUCCCAAAAUCAACCUCCUCGAGUGGUGGACAACAUUUGUGGAGCUGUGAGUAGGAUGGUUAUGGCAAAUAGGAAUUUUAUUCCUCUGGAAAAGGUUUUUCCAGGAUUAUUACAGUGUCUUCCCUUGAAAGAAGAUUUUGAAGAAAACAAUCCCGUUUAUUCAUGCAUUAUAGAACUGUUUAGUGAUCAGCAUCCUCUCAUAAGGCAAUAUUUACCACAACUUCUCGCAGUUUUUUCUCAAGUUCUUCCCUCUGACACUCUACAAGACGGUAUUCGUUCAGGACUUGUCAGUGUGAUACAAAAAAUUCAUCAACAAUCUCCACAAAGAUUCCAGAACAUUCUUGCAGAACUGCCUCAAGAACAUGCUCAAGUACUGAUGACCGCUGCUUCUAUGCAGGCACCUGGUUGACAACUCUUGCAGUUUUAACUACAUCAGCAGAGAAUUAAUGUUUUCAGUGAAGAACGAAGAGACUUUGUCUCCCAAAAGCAGCGUCGCCGGAGUUAUCAACUGGCUCAUCAUGUAAACAAAGACAACAUAGAACAAAGACAACAAAGACAACAUAGAACAAAGACAACAAAGACAACAUAGAAUUUUGUAUGGCAAGGAUGUCGUUAUCGAACAACGUACCAACCUCGUUCCCAGGGCUUUUCCCUUUUUGAAUUUUGGCGGGCGGGAAAAGGCUCUGGCAUUGGCUGAUGAGUUCUUGUUUUUGAUUGGCUUACGAAAUCUGAUAAUUUAUGCUAAUUUUCGUAGCGCGAUCAGUAUACCUAAACAAAUAUGGCGGUAGGUUUCCCGCCCGCCAAAAUUCAAAAAGGGAAAAGCCCGGGGAGCGAGGUUGACAACGUACCACACAGUCAGUAAUAGUGAUAGGUUUGAGUGGAGUCCAAUACGGGUUGAAACUGGGCUGGUAAUAACCAAUCACGUCCAAGAAUUUUGUUAUAGGUUUGAUCAUCAUAGUAACAAGGAAAACAAGAUUUAAAAGAAACUAUAGCAUAUGAAAAUAUAACCAAUCAUAUUUGGAAGGUCAAUGCAAAUAUGAUUGAUUGAAUUGAACAUAGGGACUGGAAAGGGGUAGUUUUAUAUUUUUGUAAAACUUAUGUACUGUGACGUCAUCACCACCUGUGCGGUAUCACUCAACCAAUCAGGUCACGUUGUAUCAUUAUUUCAUUUGAUAACAGCACAGGAAAAUUUGUUACCAUGUAUAAGAAGCUGGAGAAAAUGCUUUUAUCUCUGAAAUGAUAUAUUUUAUAGUUAAACUGACUUCAAGCUGUCAUUGUGAAUAGUUAAGGAAAGAAGUUUGUUGUAAAUCUUGAGCGGAUGGCAAAAUCUAAAGAAGAUGGUAGUGAUUAGAUUACCUUAUGUGGGAAUGAAAUUCGGAACAGGUAUCUAUGGUCUAAUUUUAUAAGAAUUUCGUGUUGGGAAGAAUCUGAUUGAAGAUCGAUAACAACUAGUUUACAAAAGCAGAAGAACUAUAAAAGAUAUGCUAUACCUUG